AUGCUCCUCCCAUGCGUGGUCCCGAGUGGCAAUGCGCCGUCCAGAGCCCUGCCUUCAUGCGGGCCAGUCGUAACCGAGAGCAGCGCAUCCGACACACCGAGCAGUCUGCCCACGGGCUCCAUCACCACCAUAGCCGCGGACCCGCAGGAUCCCAUCGUUGCUCUCCCUACCGGACCCGACCCGGGCGCCACUUCACCGUGCAGCGCCGCUCGAAUGCCCGCCGCUCCCACACCGCUGGACGCCGCGGCGAUGAGCCGCGCCCGCACCAUGCUCGGAACCUCCACCGCUACAUCGGUCCCGACCACGAGCCAGCCAACUUCCACCUCCGCCGCGGAAUCCAACCCCUUCUCCAGCCCCUCCCCAACCUACCUUCCCGGCACACCACCCGUCCUCGCCGCCCUCUACGCCAUCGUGCUCCUCUGGACGCUCGCCUUCGGGUACGCCAUGUACCACAUCUACCGUGCUGAUGCGCGGCCGCGCAGGGUGGCCGCGCAUCCGCAGUGGCGAAGGACGGUGGAUACGUAUGGGCAGCGGAGCCCAAAGAAGGUGGGUGGGAGGUUUGAGAUUAGGGGGGUGGGAGUGGGAGGAAGGGAGGGGGGAGUGGAGAUGGGAGGAAGGAUUGGAAGGGUGGGGAUGUGA